CGAGGAAGUGCUCGUUUAAGGAUGCCGAAAUAUCAUUUCUGGAAAGACCGGACCCAAAUAAUUUUGAAGUUUUGUUUGCGGACCUUCGAUAAAAAUAGUUGAGUAGCCCUGGACUACAGUAUGCUGAAAUUAGCCAUCAGUACCGAUACCGGUACCCGUUACCGUACCCGUUAACCAUACCUGGUUGUAUAUUUUGAUAGAAAUGAUGGUAGCCUAUUAGUAUUUAUUCACAGGGUGGUCCAAACCCAGGCCCACAUCUGGGCCCCUAAAGCCUAUCAUAAUCGUUGUGACGAGAAAAGUAGCUUGCUCGAUUUCGGGUGAUCGUCUGCGCGUUUUGGACGACCAUUCGCAUACUUUGGUGGGCCUUAUUACGCCACUGUAACGUCGAAAGGUAAUUUUUCGGUAACGUAGUCAGGUGGGGGUUAGCAUUGACAUAAGCGAAAAUUGUUGAGCCAGGCCAACUAGAAGUGCAUGUGGUACGGUACUAAACUAUACCGGACCUGCAGAACCCCUUUCAGUACCCGCAAAGAAAUUAUUAAUACAGUAAUAGGCCUAUGCUAUGCCUUUUAAGAAAGAAUCAUUCGUUUUCAAGUCCAGAAGUUAGUACCGGUACCGAGAAAAUCCGCAGAAAAUAAUGGAAACAGUUUUUUUAGAUUAUGAUAAAAGUUUAAAAUUAGAACUUAAAGUUAAACUCAAAAUGAGCCGAAAUGAUAGAAACGAAAAAGUUUGAAUGAAAAGAGGAUUGCUGGCAACAUGGCAACAACAAAUCCACCAGACAUAAAUAUCGACGAGGAUGAGAUUAUAAUAGAUACAGAUCCAUACAUAGAGGAUGAUGAGGAGGCUUGGUUAGAUGCUCUUGAAAAAGGCGAUUUGGACGAUUAUGGUGAACUCAAAAAGGACAAAGAUCCUGGUUUGAUGACAGCAAGACAACGUGCUCUCAAAGAACGAACAAGUGCACUGUCUUCAAAAUCAUUUGCUAAUGCUACACUCCUCGGGAGAGGAACAGCCAAAGCUAGAGUGAUGACUGAAGAAGCACAGAAAUUGAAAGAGGAGAAAAAUAAGCGACGGAAACUCCAAGCAGUAAAGAGAGCAGAGGAAAGUCAAAAACAGACAAUUGAAAGAUUAAUUAAACAGCAAAGUGGUAGAAUAACCAAAGACAGACAGAAGAAAACGAAUAUUAAUAGUGAUUUUAGUGCGGCUCCACCUCAACAGAAGUCGCAAGCCCGAGUUGUAUCUAAAAUUAAGUGUGUCAGUAAAGGAACUACCAUAUCCCUUUCCUUUUCUGAAGGUUCAACAAAUCCAUUUCUGUUGAAGUCCGCACAGCUGACCAAUAUUAGGCCACAAAGGUGUAUCUGUGGUAAACCUAGAAAAUAUGCUUGCUCAAAAACAAAGGUUUCAUUAUGCAGUCUCCAGUGCUAUAGAGAAAAUAAAGCCCAAAAGGUCACAUAAAAGUUUGCAAUCUGAUAUUUGGUGCCAAGCGAAGUCGAUCUGCUCACUUCUAGCACAGGGGUCGGGAACCUUUUUGGUCAAGAGAGCCCUAAAAUAUACAUAUUUUCAAUUGCAUUUCCGUGCGAGCCAUAUAACAUUUCUUCACUUAAUCAGGCCUGAAACGUUUACUCAAAA